GGCCGCCCGCCCGGCGCCGCGCUGCCCGGCCCCGCCGCCGGCGCUGCGGCCCGGCAGGGCGCCACGGUCAGGCCCGGCCCGGCCCGGUACAGCCUGGUCUGGCUCGGCACGGCCUCUCGAGAGGGCGGCUGAGAUCCGCCGCGGCCGGCGAUGGGAGAUGGAAGGAACCGGCGGUGCGGCAGAAGCACUUGUGUGGGAUAAUGAUGUAUCAGCUCACGCCCAGACUGUUGCCAAAGCCAAAUAUGAAUUUUUAUUUGGCUUGGAAGAAGAGAAGCCUUCAGAAAGGGGUGGUGGCCAUGGAGGCAGAACUUCACUCCCUCAUACCAUCAUCAAUGAAUUUCCAGAGUAUGGCACCAUAGAGCCAAGUGAGGACACACCGAGGGCUUCAUUGCCACGCCAGGCAGAGCCUGUGGCACGCAGUUCAGAACCUCACCAGUGGGUACCUGGCAGGCCCAUUCCUCAGCCUGUGGUUUCUGCAGACAGUUUGAGAUCUGAUGCUGGGUCAGGGCAGCUGUGUGCCACAGAAGGUUUUCCACCUAUGGAUAGCCUGCCAGAGACUACAAAAAUCUCUCUAUGUCUGGAAGUGGCAAAGGUGCAAGAGAGAGCAAAUACUUCUGUAGAAUCAGAGACACAAAUGGAAAAAAAGAGCGGUACUGGCAGCCAAAAUGUGCAGGCAGCCGAAGAACCAGUUCCAACAGGCCAAGAAAAACCCUCAGACAUGCCUCUUCCAUCUGAACGAACAGCUGAGGAAAAAAUGCAUUUGAUUGUAGAGAAAGAUCUGGCUGCAAUAUGGACUGGGGAAAAGCAGUCUGAGUCCUUGCAAUCCAUCAGUAAUAACGCUGAGGAGGUCCAUGCAGCACAGGAGACAAGCUGUCACAGACCAUCUGUGACAAACCUGGAAGCAGCCAGCAGAGUGGAGGGGUGGGCGCAUUUUGAGGAGUUUUCAGUGCACAGUCAAGGCAAAAUGCAAAUGGGCCCUGAGAGGAGGCUCUCUAAAGAGGCAGCUGUGAGCAAACAUGUAGAAUUUCAAGGGGUGGAGAUAUUAUGGCUGCAAAAAGCUGAGGAGCAGAGAAGAAAGAAGCACUCGCUGCUGGAGACUGUGUCUGUGGAGAGGAAGGCAUUCCCCAAAACAUCCAGCUACCCUGUGGCACCAAUAUCCUUCCCAGGUUUGGUCUCCUCACCAGACAGUGUUUGGAAUGAAGUUUGUGAGGACCCAAGAAUAGGACCAGCUGCCUCUGGAGAUGCUCCUCUGGCGCUGCUUGAUGAAAGUGGGGAGGAUGAAGUUCUUGUGAAGGACAAGAAGAACCAUGCUGAGGAGGAGACAGCUGUCCUAGUGAGAGGCCGGGGCAGGAUGGUGGAGGAGGGGGAAGCAGCCACUGGAGGAUAUGAAGAUGUCCUUGGACAGAGGCAUUCUGAUGUCUUCACUGAUCUGUACAGCUCACAGUUUGAAAACAUCCUAGACAAUGCAUCUUUGUACUACAGUGCGGAGUCGCUGGAGACAUUGUACUCAGAGCCUGAUAGCUACUUCAGCUUUGAGAUGCCACUUACUCCCAUGAUCCAGCAGCGCAUGAAGGAGGGUGGACAGUUUUUAGAUCGAAUGCCAGCCUCAGGACAGUCAGAUGUCCUGCAGCUUCCUCCUGACAGAGAGGUGAAGGGCUACGGAGAAGGCAUCGCCAAUGGCUUAAGGGAUGCAAGCGAAACAUUCGUCAGAGGAGAUGUCAUGGAAGUUCCUUGCUUCGAAAGCAAUGCUGAACUUCAGAAUAUGGCGUUAGACUCCAGUGCUGCCAUGGGGAGCAAAGAACUUCAGGAGAAAGAUGUCACGGGAGCCCUUAGCCAUGAUCUCAGCAAUGGCAGCAGUGGCAAUGUGGAAGCAGCCAGGCGCCUGGCUAAGCGCCUCUACCAUCUGGAGAGAUUCAAACGCUCUGAUGUGGCAAAGCAUUUGGGUAAAAACAAUGAAUUCAGCAAGCUUGUAGCUGAAGAAUACCUGAAGUUCUUUGACUUCACAGGCAUGACGCUGGACUGCUCACUCAGGAGUUUCUUUAAAGCCUUUUCACUUGUUGGAGAAACUCAGGAAAGAGAGAGAGUUUUAAUCCACUUCUCCAGCAGAUACUACCAGUGCAACCCAAACACCAUUUCUUCUCAAGAUGGAGUUCACUGUCUCACAUGUGCCAUGAUGCUGCUGAACACAGACCUGCAUGGCCAUAAUAUUGGGAAAAAGAUGACCUGCCAGGAAUUCAUUGCUAACCUCCAGGGGAUGAACGAUGGCAAAGACUUCCCAAAGGGACUGUUGAAGGCCCUCUACAAUUCAAUCAAGAAUGAGAAGCUGGAAUGGGCAGUGGAUGAAGAAGAAAAAAAAAAGUCUCAUUCAGAUGGUACAGAUGAAAAGGAUAAUGGGAGCCAGACAAAGGCUGUCAGUCGAAUUGGCAACUCGAAUAACCCAUUCCUGGACAUCCCUCAUGAUCCCAAUGCUGUUGUGUAUAAAACUGGGUUUCUGGCUCGGAAAAUCCACGCAGAUAUGGAUGGAAAGAAAACUCCCCGGGGAAAGCGAGGUUGGAAAACCUUUUAUGCUGUGCUGAAGGGAACGGUCCUGUACUUGCAGAAGGAUGAAUAUAAGCCAGAAAAGGCUUUGUCGGAGGAAGAUCUGAAGAACGCAGUUAGUGUGCAUCAUGCACUGGCAUCCAAGGCAACAGACUAUGAGAAGAAACCCAAUGUCCUCAAGCUUAAAACAGCAGAUUGGAGGGUCCUGCUUUUCCAAGCCCAGAGCCAAGAAGAAAUGCAGACUUGGAUCAACAAGAUUAACUGUGUGGCUGCUGUCUUCUCUGCACCACCUUUUCCAGCAGCUAUUGGCUCUCAGAAGAAGUUCAGUCGCCCACUUCUGCCAGCCACCACAACAAAGCUAUCUCAGGAUGAACAGCUGAAGUCCCAUGAAGCUAAGCUGAAGCAGAUCUCCACUGAGCUUGCUGAACAUCGCUCCUAUCCUCCUGACAAGAAGCUCAAGGGCAAGGAAGUAGAUGAUUACAAGCUGAAGGACCACUAUCUGGAGUUUGAGAAAAAUCGCUAUGAGGUGUAUGUUGGCCUCCUGAAAGAGGGGAUGAAGGAGCUGCUGAGUGGAGGCGAGAAUGAAGCGCCAGGACUGAAGAAAUCCCACUCAAGUCCCUCAUUGAAUCAGGAGUCUCCAGUUAGUGCCAAGGUGAAACGCAAUGUCUCGGAGAGGAAGGACUACAGGCCAGAAACACCCAGCAUUAAGCAGAAGGUCACUUAGGUUGGAAAUGACAACUAGGGGAACAGCCAUGCAGCAAAGUACCGGUGAUCAAAUUUUUUUCCUUUAAUAACCUGUCAUUCACAAAAAAUAAGUGCAUCUGCCUGAAUGGAGUGUUAGUGACAUUUUCUAUUGUAUAUUUUGCUGUUUCUGUGCAAAUUGUGGGAGAUGUCUUUGCUCCUGCUUUCCUUGCUUUGUUAAUUUAUCAUUAAGCAACUGAAGCAUCGGGACUUUUGUGUUGUUCUGUUUCUAAAGGAGCUGGGGAAGGGGUAGAGCGCUGUGACGUAUAUUCUGUCUCUUCCCCGUUUAUCUCCUCCCAUCGGCACGUGGCUUUCAUCUCUCAAGUCACUUGUCACUUUAUUUACAUGGUGGGUGGGAAAAGUAACUGGACAAAUGCUGCGAUGCUGUGAAUGCGAGCUGUAGCUGUGAGCAGAGCUGUGCAAAUGAGCAGCUCCAGAAGCUAGCUAGAGCCUAGGGUACUGGAAACGCUGGUUUCCUGUCAGUGCAGAGCAUGUUGGUACAAGUACUUAGCAGCAGGUAGAUAGCCGCUGUUUCUUAUCUUUGCUGCAUUGACCCUGGACCAAUGAACAUGAAAGAAUGAAACCUGGAAACCUCUGGCAAUGCAGGGGUGACAGCAUUGGAAAAAUUUGUUUGCUUCGUUCCAAGCAAAGCAUCUUCUUCUGAGUUAGCAGGCUGGGGGGUAUCCAAAUCCAUGCUAUCUCUGCAGUCUGUGAGAUUAGGGAUUACCCAGUCAGGAGCACUACCUGGGCUUUAAAUUUAUUUGUGGAGCAGGCUGGUGUGUGUGUCAGCCAUUAACAUUGUAUUUAAAGACAAAUGGUCUCUGCAUAGGUUUUAACUAUAUGCUUUCACUUAGUUGCUAUAUAGAGCCUUAUGAUACUCCCCUUUCCAGGACUUUCCUUGUUGAUGUGCACAGAUAGAUAUUUGCAAUUUCUCUGCUAGCAACAAAGCACUUUGCCCUUUCAGAAAGGGAUUCUCCAUUUUUCUGCUUUAGCUCCCACAGAGGUGGAAGAGGCUGGUGCAGACCAGAGAAGGGGACAGGCAUGUCCUCCAGGCAGGGCAGGGUUUGAUGCCAUCCUGGCUGCUCCAUGCUUGGAGGCCAGCAUAAGGCAACAUCAGCUUUUGCAAAUCUACCCUCCACCCACCGGAAACUAUCCCACCUUACCGCUCCUGUGUACCCUGUACCAGGCUUGAAGAAGGGAGCACUGGGCAGGGAGAGACCACUGAACUGAAAGCUCCCUGUUUGUGCCACAGACCCUCAGCAGUCUUCAGGCACAUGGAGUAGAAAGGUAAUGUAGAAAUAACUUUCCUGCUUCCCAGUCCUUCUUUCUUGGGCAGCAUCAUGGCUCUGCAGUGAGCACUGGCUCACCUGUUACUGAACACCCUGGGUUUUAAUCUCAGGUUUGAUACUGGCCCACUGGGUGAGCUUGGACAGGUCUCUCCCAUUUUGCCUUUCCCCUGUACAGAGCAGUAGAUGCAAACUGUCUUCUUCUGCCAGCUGAAAAUUGUUCCUUGCUAUUACUUUUGUGUGCCUGCCACAGGGAAGCAUUCCUGAUGGUUGUAAUUCUUAAUGAAUAAAGAAACAUCAACAUCAGUGCAAGGACUAAGUAAUGAAUUUGUGUCCAACCUAAGUAGUUGAAGGGCCACACAUCAAAAAAAUUACCACUUGAGUGGAUUUGUGGUCUGCCAGACUUCCCAUAAGGGUGCACAUCAGUUAAUUUGAUUUAUGGAAUUGUUAGUUCAAUAAGCUUGACAGGGAGUGAUCAAAGAGAAGAACCUUAACAAGACACCACAUGACUUGUCUAUUCCCACUGAGGACCACCGUGCAACAACUUUCCUGGUGGUGUGCUCACCAUUUGCAGUAACAGACUCUCAGAUACUGGAAAGCAUUGGAGCAAAUUGAUCUUUGCAGUUGCAGCCCAGCAGCAAACCAGAU